ACAGCAGCGGCUCCUCCGUCAGACGUGACGUCGCUGUUUCCCCGCUGAAAAACCAGACUCGACGGAGGAAGUUUUUGUACGAGGGGAGGAAAGAAAGAAAGAAGAAGGGGGAAAAAAAGAAACCCCCAAAACACCCCCUGCGCCUCUGAUCUUCGGAAUGUGCGGACAUUGGCUCUCCAACGCUGCAUCCCGCUGUCGAAAUGUUCAUCCAGUUGUACCGCUGCGUGGACUCCGCGCCUGUUCUGGCGAUUAUUUGCGUGACUGUGUUGUUGGCGAAAAGCUGUGUGUGUGUCACUGAAGACGAGGACGAUGAAGUCCUGGAGAAAAAACAGCUCGUGGAGUUUUACAAGAAAGGUCUGUUUAUCCUGGAGAGUGAGCCGCUGAAGCAGUGCAUCUCAGCAAAUCGCUCGAAACUAGUGCUGGAGGACUGCGAGCGUCCGACGCGCCGCAUGCUGUGGAAGUGGGUCUCCCAGCAUCGUCUCUUUAAUCUGGGCACCAGCGCGUGCCUGGGCCUCAACAUUUCCGACUCGACGCAGCCCCUCGGGAUGUUCGAGUGCGAUGUGUCCCUCCCCGUGCUGUGGUGGCGCUGCAGCGGAAACACGCUGUAUGGAGCGUCCCAGUGGAGGGUGACUGUGGUUCGAGGUUUAGUGGCGGUAAAGAAAAACAUUUACCAUCAGUGGAAGAGGUACAACACUCCCAGAGAGGGUCCCUGCUCAUAUCCAUAUGAAGAUAUCCACACUUUGUUGGGGAAUGCACAUGGAAUGCCUUGUGCCUUUCCUUUUAAAUACAACAACCAAUGGUACUCUGAGUGUACUACUGAGGGGCGUGAGGACCACCUUCUGUGGUGCUCAGCCACCUCUCGCUACGAUAAAGGCGAAAGAUGGGGCUUCUGUCCAGUGCAAGUUUCCGGUUGUGAGCACUUCUGGGAGUCAAACCAGGAGUUGCGCGCAUGUUACCAGUUCAACCUGUACACUAUCCAAACCUGGAGUCAGGCGCUGUCUACCUGCCAGGCCCAAGGUGGAAAUUUGCUCAGCAUCACCAGCCUGGCAGAGCAGAAGUAUAUCAGAGAUCGAAUGGCGAGCGUUGGGGCGAUGGUGUGGACCGGGCUGAACCACAUUAAGGAUGGGCAUGGAUGGCAGUGGUCUGACGGAGCCCCUCUGUCACUGGUGAAUUUCACCACAGAUCUCCCAGCCAGCCCGCUACAGGACAAUAAACAGUGUGGGGUGUACUCAGGAUUCGAGGGUCACUGGCAGAGUCUAUCCUGUGAAUCUGCUCUUCCUUACAUCUGCAAGAAGACACCUAACGACACGCGUGGAGCUGAGCCACUAGAGAACUGGCAGUAUAUCGAUACCGAGUGUGCGGAUGGCUGGUGGCCUCACAAUGGUUUUUGCUACCGAGUGCUGCCAGAAGCAGAAGCGGGAAGCUGGGAGGAGUCUUCUCAGGAAUGUCAUUCUUACGGGGCAAAUCUCACCAGCAUCCACUCCUUGUCUGAGGUGGAAAUGCUGGUCAACCUCCUGGCUAACUAUUCUGGGGGGAGUACAGAGGUGUGGAUUGGACUUUGGAAACAGGCGUUAUUGCCAGCUGUAGAGUGGUCUGAUGGCUCACCAGUAACUCUCACUCUCUGGCACCAGUAUCAUCCUCUUCAUAACCUGACGGAUGGAACACUGUGUACCAAAGUGGACAGGAAGAGUGGCAACUGGCUGCUAGCGUCAUGUGACGAGCGACUGGCUGCUGUGUGCAGAAGAGAGAGCCAGAAUGGCGUUCAGCACCACGGAACCUGGGAGGAGGGCUGUCCUGAGGGCUGGAAGAAGCACGGCCAUUCCUGUUACAUGGUGACAGGUCAAGAACAGAGCUACGAAGAUGCCCUGAUGGGGUAUUACUGCAAGGGUUCUCUUCUCACUGUGGAAAACAGGUUUGAGCAGGCGUUUGUCAACAGUCUGCUGAGUGAAAGUGGGGCCAAAAGUAGCAUGUAUUACUGGAUUGGUCUCAGGGACCAGGACCAGGGGAGGAAGGGAGAGUACAGAUGGCUUCAUCAUAACGGCUCCUCUCUGCCUCUCACCUUCACAAACUGGAAUAAACACCAGCCAGUCAGCACCGGUGGCUGUGUCGCUAUGUCAGGAGGACCUGCUCUGGGCCGCUGGGAGGUGAAAGACUGCAAGGUUCACAAGGCCUUGGCUGUGUGUAAGCAGAACAUCAGGAGCUACCAUGAUGUUCAGCUGCCAGAGCAUCACAUUGAUGCCUACGCCCCGUGCCCCCCAGGGUGGGAAUCAAACUCUGGGCUGCUCCACUGCUUUAAGGUGUUCCACAGUGAGAAAGUCCUGAUGAAGCGCUCCUGGGUGGAAGCAGACUUCUUCUGUCAGGCCCUCGGGGCUCAGCUGGCCAGUUUCCAACACUAUGAGGAGCAGGUGUUUGUUAAACAGCUCCUCAGUACCAUGUUUGAAGGAACAGAGGUUCGUCGGUUCUGGGUGGGUUUAAACAAGAGAGACCCUGAAUAUGCCGGAGCUUGGGAGUGGUCUGAUGGUUCUCCUGUGGUGACGUCGUUCAUUGAUGAUAAGAGCGAGGAGGAUGACAGGAGGGACUGUGCUGCGUACAGUGACCUGACCAACACGUUCAUGCCGCAGUUGUGCGACUCCAAACACGAGUGGGUCUGUAAGCUUUCCAGAGGUGAUAAACUGAACAAACCCUACUGGUACACUGAGCAGAGCGAGCCCUGGGUGUUUUACCGUGGAGCUGAGUACCUGCUGGCCAAGCAGCCCUUUGACUGGCAAGCUGUCUCUCUGGCAUGUCAGAUGAUGGGAGCCUAUCUGCUGUCCAUUCACUCCAAAGAGGAGCUCAACUUUGUCAAGGAACGCUUGCGGCGGCUCUCGCUGGGCCCGACUGACUGGUGGAUUGGCCUGUCCAUUGGUCCUCCUGGACAGGAGGUCAGGUGGAGUGACAAGACUACAUUAGACUUUCAGAAAUUUGAUGAAGUGGCUGUUGGCGAUGAUCUUUGGAGAAGAAGGGCGUGUGUCACCAUGUCUUCUUCGUCAGGGAAGUGGGCACUGAGCAGAUGCAGUGAUCUCCAUGGAUACGUGUGCAAGAGAGAAACUGUGUCUGUGGUGGAGACCCCCCGGGAACCGCACUACAUUGGACGAUGCCCGGAGAAAUGGCUAUACUUUGGACACAAGUGUCUCCUGCUUCACCUCCCUACCAGUCCAAAAGAGGGAAAGAGUUGGAAAGAUGCCCAGUCCAUCUGCUCUUCUUUUCAAGGCUCGCUAGUUGCCAUAGAAGAUGAGAUUGAACAAGCCUUCAUCACCAUGUUUCUCCAGGGAAGCGCUGUAGGUGUGUGGAUUGGGUUGCGAGAUGAGGACACCAUGAAAUGGACCAAUGGGAGGCCAGUCAGCUACACCAACUGGUCUCCAGUAGAACCAAAGAACCCUCUCAAUGAAGACACGUGGUUCCAAGGAUAUACUGAUGAGCCUCUGUGUACUGUCCUGUCCAACAACCACAACUUCCACCUGACGGGGAAGUGGUACGACGAGAAGUGCAGCGAGAGCGGGUAUGGCUUUGUAUGUCAGAAACCUCAAGAUCCAUCCAAACGCCCCACCCACUCGUAUCACCACCUUCUCCCAGAAAUUAUUGAGUACAGGAACCGCAACUACAAAGUUGUGACUGGCAACCUGAGCUGGUACGACGCGAUGAAUAAAUGCAAAGGCCAUGAUUCUGACCUUGUGAGCGUUACAGAUGCCUACCACCAGGCUUUCCUUACUUUCCUUGUCAAUAGAUUGGGAGCGCCGCACUGGAUUGGACUGUACAGUGUAGACAGCGGCAUCAAUUAUCAGUGGUCGGAUGGCAGCGACACAGUGUACACGCACUGGGACGCAGCCGACGACGAUGACGACUUUGAGACCGGCGAGUGCGUGUACAUGGACGUGAAUGGAGGCUGGCGGCGAGCUGACUGUGAAACACUGCUGCCAGGAGCCCUGUGCCAUGUUCCCCAAAGUCCCUCCAAGCCAAGCAAUAAACCGUUAACCGCGAAUGUGAUGGCGUGUCCCUCCACAUGGGUGAAAUUUGGACAUGGUUGUUACAGCUUUGAGUCCGUGGCGGAGAAACGUAGUUUUGAGAAGUCAAGAGAGCACUGCAGGAAUAAAGUCAACACCUCCGAUGUCCUGACCAUUGAGGAUGAGACAGAGAACCGUUUCAUCAUGGAGCAGCUCUGGUCAUCGAGGUUCCUUCCCCAGACCUUAUGGUUGGGGAUGCACUUCAAUGUUGACACUGACUCUAUGGCCUGGGUAGAUGGUUCACCAAUGGAGUACACCAACUGGCCCCACAAAGGUCCAAACCCCAAGCUGCUGACUGAGGAUUCCUGUGUCACUACUAGGGUAGUUGAUGGUACUUGGCACUUUACACCGUGCACAGAGCGGCUUGGCUUCAUCUGCAAAAUCAUCUCAGAUGGCAAUACUGAGGUGGAAGUGAAACCGCUGAAUGGUUUGCAUCACGGUGUCAUCCCCGCUGCUGUGCUGGCAGCGUUGCUAAUCUUUAUCCUGCUGGCAGGGGUAAUGUGGUUUCUGUACAAGAGGAGCUCCGGACGUUUCCAGCGGCUCCCCACGCUCGGCAGCGCUUAUUUCAGGCAAACGGACUCGCAGGCUACGGAGUCAGAUGGAAACGUUCUCAUCGCAGACCUGGAGCCUCCCUCGGGAGAGUAGCACGAGUUGACUUGUUUCUUCCUCGAAGCCUCUGCUGUCCUCCCGUGCUCCGUCACCUUGUCACCGUCAGCUGCGGAUGCCGCGCUGCACUGUAAAACUGUGAUGCUGACUCCUCAGGACAGUGGUGAGAUGAUGACGGCAAGCAGUUUCGAGCGCGUCUCUAGUUUUCAUUUACUCGCACCAUUUAGGUCACCAAACACUUGCAAAGACACUUGAAGGCCACGGACUAAGAGAUCACACAGACCAAGAAGGGACGCUAAAGAGCUUUGGACUUGUUUGAAGAGGUUCCGUUUGAUGUCAUCCGGGAUUUAUUCUGUUAUGAUUUGUAAACAGUGUUAAGGAGAAUAAUUUAAGACAUGCUCUUGGGCUUCUUUUCAGGGCAAAAAGUCACUUUCAUUGUCAAGCAUGAGUACGAUUCAUGAUAAAAUAUUCUUUACAAUGAUGCUUUGUUCAUUCAGACUUCUGUUGAUGGGUCUGUAUGCAUGGUACAGUAUUUUGUCAGUAUUACUUAUUUUGUCAUUUUUUAUUCUCUCAUGUGUACAUGCUGUAUGUUGGUCAUGACCAAAUAAGUACUGGGACUGAAUGGAUUUGCUUGGUUCUGGCUGCUGACGAAAAGAACACAGAGGUAUAUAUGUUUUGCACAGUUUUAUUUGUAUUUUAAUAAAUCGAAUUUGGUUGAA